AUGCCAAAGCUAAGGGUGCAAUUUCUCCGGAUAGCUUCACCAGCAGAACUGCUCAUACGUAUAAAUAUUUUAAUUUUGCUACUUGGAACCAAACCGGGUUCAGAUUCUGCCGCUCCCUUUAUCUGCUCACAAAAAGCAGCCCCUGCCCUGCACACCUUGCCUGCCAAAACAAAAGGGCAAAAGGAGAAGAGUGUCUGUACAGAGCAGCCUCCUCACGGGCACUGCGACCGCCCGGGCCCGGCUGCGGCGCGGGGCCCCCGCGGGCCAAGGCCGGGCCAGGCCGCGCUGCCCGCCCGCCGAGGGCCCGCCCGCCCCGGGAAGGGGCCGGGGCAGCCGCGGCCGCUGCCCGCGCUCCCGGUCCCGCCGGCAGCCAUGUUAGAGCGGGAGGCGGCCCCGCGGCUCCGGGGAGCAGCCCCUGCCCGCCCGCGGCGCUCAGGGCACAGCGGGGCCGGGCUCUCCGCCCAGCCGCGGGCCGCAGGUGCCGGGAGCCGCGGCGGGCGGAGCCGGCUGCUCUGCUCCCCUCCGUUCCUCUCGGCUCCCCCCGCCCAGCGCGGCGGGGCUCGCCCGGAGUCCUCUCUCCGCCGCCGGUCCUGCAGCCGAGCGCCCGCCCCGCUGACCCCUUCCCUCCCUCCCGGCUGGCGCGGGCGGCCCCGCUCUCACCCCACCCCGAGGGCGCUCACCUCCUCCUCCUCCUCUUCACUCCCUCCUGGAGACCGUCGGCACCGACGCGCCGGCGUCCCGGCCCCUCCCUCAGCUCAGCGCCGGCCCCCCCUUCCGCCCCGCCGCCCGGGGACCCUCCCUGCCCGCGGGGACAGCGGGACGGGCUCCGCCGGGGAGAGCCCGGCUGCCGGAGCGGGGCACGGGCAGCAGGAGCACAGGGAGAAGCGAUGGAACGGAAAGCGAACCGCGCGAGGAAAGCGACGAGUCCCUUAG